AUGUUCAAUACAAUAUCGAAAAAGUCAUGUUCAAGUAGGCUACUACUAACGCGAUCUUAUGUUGAUAUAAUGAACGAAAUACGGAAAGUCACACAAUCAAAUACCACUACAAAACCUUCUACUACAGCAUCAGAUAAACCAAAAGUUAAUAGAUUUGCACAACAAUAUUCAAAACCAAAUAUUCAAAAACUGACAAGUAAUAGACCUUCAAAUAGAGCACCAAGGCAUGCUCAUGGCAACCGGAAUGGAGCUCCACAAAAUCAAAACAGACGCCCUCAGUCAUCACAAAAUAAUUCAUUUAACAAACACUUUACACCAUCUAGUGAAGGACCUCAAUUAACUAAAGAAGAAAUAGAGAGACAGAAAUUAUUGAAGUACCAAGAAUUGAGGAAAGAAAUCAAUAAGACAGAAUCCAAAGAUACUCAGCGAAAUCAACAGCAAACAAUACUACCACAUCAUAUCAAAUCAAAUAAAAGAAAAAUUCAUAAAUUAAAACAUCGUAAAAAACCAGUAGUCAAAAUCCAAUUACCACCAUUCAUAUCAAUAGCGAAUCUAGCUACAAUAAUGCAAGUCCCCAUAAACGACGUUCUUAAGAAAUUAAAUGAUUUAGGAUUUGAAGAUAUAAGACAUUCUUAUAUUUUGGAUAAAGAAAAUGCAACAAUGGUUGCUGAUGAAUAUGAUAUAGAAGUUGAAAUAACCACCAAGACAAAUGAAAAUGAUUUAUUUCCCGACCCAAUAAAGGAAGAGCAACUAAAAGAAAGACCACCAGUUGUAACAAUUAUGGGCCAUGUUGAUCAUGGUAAAACUACAAUAUUAGAUUAUUUGAGAAAAUCUUCAAUCGUAACUGGUGAAUUUGGUGGGAUUACUCAACACAUUGGUGCUUUUUCAGUCAUUACCCCAAUCUCAAAGAAGAAAAUUACAUUUUUAGAUACACCUGGACAUGCAGCUUUUUUAAAGAUGAGAGAAAGAGGUGCAAUAAUUACUGAUAUAAUUAUUUUGGUUGUAGCAGCGGAUGAUUCAGUAAUGCCACAAACCAUAGAAGCUAUUAAACAUGCUAAAAAAUCAGGAGCACCAAUAAUAAUAGCAAUAAAUAAAUGUGAUAAACCAGGUGUGAAUGUGGAUAAAGUAUUAAGUGAUUUAUCAUCUCAUGAUAUUGAUAUUGAAGAUUAUGGUGGUGAUACUCAAACAGUUAAAGUCUCAGGUAAGACAGGAUUAAACAUGGAUAAAUUAGAGGAAGCUAUUAUAACUUUGAGUGAAUUACAAGAAUUUAAAUCUGAAAUUUCAGGAGUGGCAUCGGAAGGUUGGAUUAUAGAAUCUCAAGUUUUAAAAGGUAUGGGUAAUGUUGCUACUGUUUUAGUACGUCGUGGAUCACUUAAAAAUGGUGAUGUUAUUGUUGCUGGAAAAACUUUUUGUAAAAUUAGAGGAAUGAGGGAUGAAAAUGGAAAAACUGUCAAAAUAGCAGGACCUUCAACUCCAGUACAAAUUUGGGGAUGGAAAGAAUUACCAGAUAGUGGAGAUCAUAUAAUUCAAGCAAAGUCGGAACAGAUUGCUAAAAAAGUUAUAGACUACCGAAUUGCAAGAUCACAAGAGAUUCAAGCAUCUAGAGAUAUUGAAGAUAUAAACAUUAAAAGAGCAGAAGAGAUUAAAGAAGCAGAAAGGUUAGAAAAAUUAUCUGAAUUGAAAAAAGCUGGGUUAGAUUCAAGUGAAGUUGAAUUAAAACAAAAAGAUCAAAAAAUCAAAUGUAAUUAUAUUAUAAAAUCAGACGUAUUUGGAUCAUCAGAAGCGAUAAAAGAAAGUAUUGACGGUUUGGGUAAUGAAGAAGUUGCAUCAGUUGUCAUAUCAAAUUCAGCUGGCUCACCAACUGAAAGCGACCUAGAUAUGGCAAAGACAUUCGACGCUACAAUUUUCUGUUUCAACACCAAAAUCCCUAAACAAAUUCUACAAAGAGCAGAAAAGGAAAAAAUUAAAAUCGUGGAACAUAACAUUAUCUAUAGAUUGAUUGAACAAGUUAACGAAGAAUUAGAAUCACACCUCAAGCCAAGAAUCGAGACUAAAAUACUAGGUGAAGUUGAAAUAAAAGAUAUUUUCACAAUAAGUCAAGGAAAAUCCAAGAUAAAAAUUGCUGGAUGUAAAGUGUCAACAGGAACAAUCAAAAGAUCUUCAGAUGUUAAAGUUUUACGUAAGGGUAAAGAAGUUUAUAAGGGAACACUAUCUUCAUUAAAACAUAUAAAAGAUGAUAUUUCUGAAGCAAGAAAAGGUAAUGAAUGUGGAUUAGGAUUUGCCAACUGGAACGGAUUUGAAGCUGACGAUUUGAUCCAAGUUUAUGAAGAGAUCGAGCAUAAAAGGUACUUGUAA